GUCAGUCGUCCCUGUCCAAGCCCAAAAAUUUUUUUUUUCUCCUCGUUCUCGCCACCCGAUACAAGAGUCAGUGGAAGUGCUGGUGAAUGGCAAACGGAUAGCAAUCCAAAUCCAAGGCCAAGUGCGUGACCGGAGAAUCAUUCUGUCGCGACCGCUUCCGGGGUCGAUUCCCAUUGUGGACCAGAACAGCGUGACUACCGUGCAUCCCGUUACAUAACGCUGUGUUCCGACCGAUGUUUGUUUUGGGUCGGUAAUCUGAGAAAAACCGUAUGUGACUUGCAAGUGCAAGCCCAAUCACGGAUUUGAAAAAAAUCAAUGUUUUAGAAGAAUUUAAGGGAUAAAACAGAUAAGCACGAGUGUAGACAGAUAAUAAACAGGGAGAUGGCUAGCACUGGAAGCACGGGAUCCACUUUUCCCAAGUGGCAGCUGGCUGUUUUGAUUGGUGCCCCGGUGGCAUUGGGAAUCGGAUAUCUGUACUGGAAAAAGUCAACCGAAGCGGAAGAAGGAUCCGGUGAUAAACUGACCAAGAAGAAGCUGGGCGAGAUUAAGGAUAAAACCAUUUCGCUGGACGGAGACGAGCGGUCACGGUCCCUGCAGGAUGCCCCGGCCAAGAAGAAGGCUCCCACGCCGUUGGAGGAAGCGCAGAAACAUAAGAAUGAAGGAAAUACGUAUUUUAGAGAUGGGAAAUACGACCAAGCGAUAAAAGAGUAUGACCUGGCCAUUGAAAAGUGUCCUCAAACGGAGAUCAACGAUUUGUCUACAUUCUAUCAGAACCGGGCAGCUGCUUAUGAACAUCUCCAAAAAUGGGCGGCUGUAAUCGAAGACUGCAGCAAAGCUCUGGAGUGCAAUCCAAAAUAUCUGAAAGCCUUGAAGCGAAGGGCCAAAGCCUAUGAACAGCAGAAGGAACUGGCGGCAUCUCUGGAAGAUACCACGGCUGCUUGCAUUUUGGAAGGAUUCCAGAACAAACACACACUGGUUUUGGCCGACCGUGUCCUGAAGGAACUGGGCAAACAGCACGCCCAGGAAGCCCUGAAGGAGAAACACAACGUUCAGCCGUCGAAAUUCUUUGUCAAAAAUUAUUUUUCAUCGUACUCGGACGAUCCCAUCAAGAAGAUGGUAUUUGCCAGCACAGAACCGAAGGGCUUCGUCAAAGCAAAGCUCCUGCUGGAUCAGGGACAAUACGAAGGAAUAAUCGCCGCAUGCACCGAAGAAAUCGAAACCAGUGAAGCCGAUGCGGAGUACAAAAUCGAAGCAUUGCUGCUAAGGGCUACGUUCUAUCUGCUAACGGCAAGCUAUCCGGAAGCGACCGCUGACCUGGAAGCUGUCAUUGGAUCGGAAUUGGCCGACAAGAAAAUCCGGUCGAAUGCUCUCAUCAAGCGAGCAUCUUUGGCCAUGCAGACGCAACCCAACACGCCUGAAGAGUGCUUCAGAUACUUCAGCAUGGCCGAAGAUCUUGACCCAAAGAAUAGCGACAUCUAUCACCACCGUGGACAGGUUUAUAUCCUGAUAGAGCGUCUAGAGGAAGCCAUCGCCGAUUUUGAGAAAGCUUGUUCCCUAUGUCCCAGUUCCGGCAUCAUCGAGAUCCAUCGCUGCUAUGCCAGCUAUCGAUUAGCCCUCAACAACAAGGACGAAUUCGCCCUUCGUAAGGUGAUGGACGGUUUCCGGAAUGCCAUCGAACGGUUCCCAGACUGCGUCGAAUGCUACAGCCUGAUGGCUCAAGUUUUGUCCGAUCAGCAAGAAUUCCAGGAGGCCGAUAACUUCUACAACAAAGCCACCAAAAUCGAGCCGGAAAAUGCGCAAAUCUUCGUCCACAAAGCCCUGCUCCAGCUUCAAUGGAAUGCAGAUAUCCAGGCCGCGGUUGAGCUAAUCGAGAAAGCAAUCCAGAUUGACGAUAAGUGCGAGUUUGCGUACGAAACGCUUGGAACUAUUCAGGUGCAACGGGGACAGCUUCAGGAGGCCAUCAAACUGUUCGACAGUGCCAUCAAGCUGGCCAAGACCGAGAUGGAGCUGAUCCACCUGUACUCGCUUAAGGAUGCGGCCAUCGCACAGGUCAAUGUGACGAAAAGCAUGGGAUUGGACAUUAGGAACCUGGUUGGAAUGCCUCAAUUCUAAGCGAGUGAAGUUGCAUAUCGCAGAAGAAAAAAAAUCGUGCUCUAAUCAAUGAAUACUUUUACAGAACAUCACCAACUAGUUGCAAUGCUUUUAUAUAUCUUUACGCGCGAGUAGAUUCUUAUAGCUACUUGAUUUCGUUAUGCCGAAAUUGUAAGUGUUUCUGUUCAUUGUUUCGAUGAUACAGCCCUGAGUAUAACAAAUUAACGAAAAUCGUGCUAGUUUUCCUAUUUUGUAAGAAAAUAAAUACUUUGUUUUGAGGUCUCCUACAGUUCUGAUACUUGUGACGCAUUUGUGGAAUACGGUCAAGAGUCCUUUCAGUACGGUUGGUGAAAACGUCGAACUAAGGCGAGUUCAAAAUUGUCUCCAAACAAAUUCUUCUAAUUUGUAGAAGAUUACAAGCUUUUAUAGGCUCUAAUAAAGUAGGUAUAAAAAUAUAUUCUCUGAAGGUCAGUUAAGGGAUUGCAGUGUGUAUCACUAACCGUACUAUAGAAAUCUUGGUAUCGUGGUACAAUUAUCUUGAAACAAAUUCCACACUUAAAUUUACGUCUCCAGUCAGGGUCCGCUUGCAAUAGUUUCCAUGUAAAAAAUCGUACCACGGUAUUGGAGCUACUUGUGCGUUUCAGGUAUCACAAAGGCAAGUUACAGUAAAUGCAGAUUAUUAAAAAUCGUGGUAACUUUAAAUUUUAAGUCGUACAUAUUAUAGAUACAAACUUUAAACAAACUAUUGUAUGCUAGGUACAAUUGAAUACAAUAAUAAGAAGUUAUGUUUAAACCCA